UUGUGCAAACUGUCAAGUCAUGUUUUUAUUGCGUUACUCAGCUCCAUCGUCAUUUCAUUCGUUCGUUUAAAGUUUUGUUCAAAACUACGAAGUAAAUUGAAUAGAAUUAUUGGUAUAUUUGGUGUUAGAUUUUACCAGUGUUAUAUAGUCUAACAUGGCAUCAAAAACAGUAACCGUACUAACCGUUCACGGACGUCGGCAGAAUGUAAAAGUGGAGCCAAAUACUACGUUGUUGGACGUCCUCGAACAGGUGUGCAAGAAAUUCAACUUCAAUGCCCCGGAGUACGAUCUGAAGCACCACAACAAAGUGAUUGACCUAUCGGCAAUGUUCCGGUUCUCGGGUCUUCCCAACAAUGCACUGCUGGAAAUGGCGCCGGCAACUAAGACCCGAACAGAGGAAGAUAUCAUGUUGGUCAUGCAGUUAGAAGACGGUACCCGGCUAGAUGGCACGUUCAAACCAUCGACCAGUUUGUUGCACGUGUUGCAAACGUUGUGCAGGGAUAAAGCCAAUGCUGAUUCGAAUCCGGUAAUGAUUUAUAUGCGAAGAGAAGUUCUGUGGGAUUCGUUGGAUAAGACAACGUUGAAAAAUUUGGGACUUACUGGAGGUCGGGCCAUUAUUAGGCUUCUGCAACGAAAACCAGAAGAACUAAAGACACAGGCCAACGUAUCGGCCCCAUUGCCGCAAAAAGAAAAACCAGAGGAGGAGGAUGUCGCUCCUACUAAAACUGUUCCUUCAAAACAAGCUACUGAAAAAGAACAAACGCCAACUACAUCAGGCGAUCAAACUCCCCUUCCCUUGUCGAAAAAACAGAAAGAUGAACAUUCCAGUUCCAUGCCCGGGCCAUCUAGUGCAGCAAAACAAAAAUCGCAGCCUUCUAAUAUCAAUAAAUCGAAAACACCCGAGAAAGAACCCAAACCAAAGCCGGAACCGGAAAUCCACAUCCUAGGUGAACGAGAUGCCGUUCUGUUCAAUUUGGAAACGGCCGAGCACGGUUCGUUCGAUCUGCCGGAUUCGUUCUUCGACGUCACGGUCAAAGACGUUCGCCAUAUGUACGCCGACCUGAGGAACAAAGUUCGAGAGCUGGAAGAGCAACCGCUGAUGACGUCGGAACUGCGCAAACUGGAGGACGAAAAACGCGUGCUGAACAGUUUGGCGCGCUAUAAGAACACCAUUAUACGGGUGCAGUUCCCCGAUCGGUAUAUUCUACAGGGAAUUUUCAAGCUACACGAGACCGUUGCCGAUGUGAUGGCUUUCGUACAGGUGCAUUUGGACGACCAGUUCGCUGCGAUUCAUCUAUAUACAACUCCCCCGAAGACAAUCCUAUCGCCCGAAACCACGUUGGUUGAAGCAAGAUGUGUACCGCAAGCCUUACUGCAUGUCGGUUUCGAGGCCGACCAGAAACCCGAUAAACCUCUCAAACCAAAGCUCUACGAACGGCUGUCGAAUGCAACGGGGGCAACGGAACUUGCCGCGCGGACCCGGAAGAAUUUCAUCGACAACGCUUCAUCGUCGACGACUUCGAUGGAAACCGACGCGUCGAUGGAAGAGGACUGCGGUAGCUCGUCAGGCGCUGCCGGGCGUAGCGCAAAUCGAAUUCCUAACCAGAACUUUAGACCCUCGUCGGUACAGCCGGCUACUACCAGUGAUGUUAAGAUGCCCAAGUGGUUCAAAAUGGGAAAGUAAUAAAUUAAGAAUGUUGAACUUCUCUCGA